AAUCGAGUCAUACUUACUGACCUAGUGUCAAUAUUGUCAUUUGACGUAUGUUGUGGAACUGUGUUGUGUUGUCUAUUCCACCAAUUUUAAAGUGAAAAUCAAAAUAAUGAAGGUAGAAUUAUGUCGUUACAUCGAAGAUUAUCAAUUUACCUCAUGUGAUCUAUCAUCUAAAUAUGAAAAGGUGACGAAAAUCGGUCAAGGCACAUUCGGAGAAGUGUUCAAAGCUCGAGCGAGCACCAACAACUUCGUUGCGAUGAAGAAAGUUCUAAUGGAGAACGAAAAAGAGGGAUUCCCAAUCACUGCGCUCCGUGAAAUUAAAAUCCUACAAUGUCUUAAUCAUGACAACGUGGUAAAUUUAAUCGAAGUUUGCCGUACGAAGCCAGGAAUCGAGAACAAAUACCGAUCAACCUUCUAUUUGGUUUUUGAGUUUUGUGAACACGACUUGGCUGGUCUGCUGUCCAAUCCGAAGGUGAAAUUUACUCUGGGAGAGAUUAAGAAGGUGAUGCAACAGUUAUUGAAUGCGUUGUACUAUAUUCAUUGUAAUAAAAUAUUGCAUCGGGAUAUGAAGCCCUCAAACGUGUUGAUUACAAAAAAUGGGACUCUGAAACUGACUGACUUUGGUCUAUCGAGGGCAUACAGCGCGCCACAGACUGGGAAAGUCAACAGAUACACUAAUAGAGUUGUCACAUUAUGGUACAGGCCUCCAGAGCUGCUUUUGGGUGAACGGAACUACGGUCCUCCGAUCGACAUUUGGGGAGUUGGAUGUGUCAUGGCAGAAAUGUGGAUCCCUACUCCUAUCAUGCAAGGGUCUACAGAGCAGCAGCAACUCACUCUCAUCUCACAGCUCUGCGGUUCCAUCACCCCUGACGUAUGGCCAGGAGUAGAGAAACUGCCUCUGUACUCCAAAAUGGAACUGCCUAAAGGACAGAAACGGAGAGUCAAGGAGCGUUUGAAACCCUACGUCCGAGACCCAUACGCAUGUGACCUUCUAGACAAAAUGCUCCAGUUGGAUCCGUCGAAGAGAUGUGGUACGGAAGCAGCUCUUAAUCAUGAUUUCUUCUGGACGGAUCCCUUGCCAUGUGACUUGGCAAACAUGUUGGCACAACACAAACAGAGUAUGUUUGAGUAUUAUCACCGCAAGCGACCGAAUGAGGGACAUGUGCAUCAGGCUCAAGUGAAGCGGUUUAAGCCUUCACAGGACACUGGGUACCAAGACAGAGUGUACUAAAUAAAUUAGUGAUGUAUAUAAGUAUGUUAGUUUUAGUCUUAUUUUUUAGUUUCUUUAAGUGCCUUGUACAUAUUUUUUGUUUUUCUUUAUUGUAGGUCAUUUAGUAUAGUAGUAAUUGUAGUUGUAUAGUUAAUUAUUAUAAUAGUAUUGAUAUGUUAGGUAGUUAAAAAUAUUAUUGAUAAAACAUCAUAGAGAUUAGAUUUGAGCGUUGAUGUGUACAAUAAUAUUGUGACAUUAUUUUAUUAGACAUAAUUUGUUCUUUUCAUUUUAAGGACCAUCUUUGGAAGGCAUAUGCGGGGUCUAAGCUUACUGGCCCUUCGACCUUUUAUUAUACAUUCUAUUUUAUUAAAUACUUUAAUUACAAUUGUUCAUUGUUGUAAAUGAACAUAGAUAAUAUAUGAGAAAAUAUAAUUUAUUUAAAAAAUGAAAAAUAUACAUUUUUUUUAUAAGACUGAUGAUUUUGAAUGGCAUUUAAAAUGCUUCCAAAUGUGAUAUGUCUAUUGUUUUAUUAUGUAAGUUAUAUUUUUGCUUUAAUUUCGAGUGUAUUGCACGGUUUUUGGAAUGUUUUGCACUUUAGAUAUACCCCCAAAAAGAAAAGAAAAAUAUAGCUAAUAUAUUGUUAUAAUUAUAAUAAAUUUAAUAGUCUGUAUGUAGCCAAAAAAUAUCCGUAGAAGAAUGCAACAGUGUAUUAGAAACAGAGGCGGCCAUGUUGAACAUGAAUUGUUGAAAAGUUGUGUAAAAACCUUAUUUAAUAAAUACUUUAUUUAAUUUAUAGUUAUAUAUAUUUAUAGUUAUAGAUAGUUUACAU